GCGCAGAGUCCAGCGCGUCUUCCUUCAUGGCGUCCGCAAACACACGCUGAACUUAUACAACUAUCAGAAAAACACUGCAGGACAUAAACAUGGCUGAGAUGAGUUCGAUUAAGGCUGCACUGCUGGCAGUUGCAGUCGGUGUGUAUCUCAUCCCUUCACCCAUUGACCCUGAGCCUUACAUAUUUGAGGGACCCCCGCCAGCUCUGGAGGGCCCUUUGGCGGUGAACACACGGCUACAGAGAGGUCGACAACUGUUCUCUGAUCAGCUCAAAGGUCCGGAGUCCUUCACCGCAGACCAGAAUGGAAACAUCUACACAGGCACCGUCGAUGGGAAACUCUGGAGAAUCAACAAGGAAUCCCUCACGUUCAUCACUCAGAUGGGGCAGAACAUUCCUGAAUGCGGCACAAGUAUGGACUAUGAGCCGCUGUGUGGUCGUCCACAUGGCCUGCGAUUGGACCGUGAUGGGCAGAUUAUCGUGGCUGAUUCAUAUCUGGGUCUGUUCAAGGUUGACCCUUGGACUGGAGAAAAGACAUUGCUUCAUUCCAACAAAGAGGGAGCUGACGGGAUUCCCUUUGGCUUUCUGAAUGGCCUGGAGAUUUCCAAAAAUGGGACCGUGUUUUUCACAGACUCCAGUAGUAAAUGGGGGAGACGCCAUGUCCGAUAUGAGGUGUUGGAGACAAACCACCUUGGUCGCCUUCUAUCGUAUGAUCCUGAGACCGGUCGCAUUCGUACGUUGUUGGACUCUCUCUACAUGCCUAAUGGCAUUGCCUUCUCGCCCGAUGAAGACUUCCUGCUUCUAGCCGAGACCAGUAUUGGGCGGAUUAUUAAGUUCUGGUUGAAAGGACCUAAAGCGGGCACAAAGGAGAUUGUGCUGAGCAACAUGAUUGGUUACCCUGAUAAUAUUCGUGUCAGUGACCGUGGCACAUUUUUGGUGGGUAUAACCACUGUUAGAUUCCGUGGCCGACUUUUCCCACCAUUCCUGGAUCUGAUUGGUCCAUACCCCGCCUUCAAACGCUUCAUCGUGAAGCUCAUUCCUCUCAGCUGGUACAAUGUUCUGUUGCCCAAGUAUGGGCUGAUUCUGGAGCUGGGGCCUGAUGGAGAGGUGAUUGACAGCCUUCAUGACCCUUCAGGCAGCCUGACCUGGGCCAACAGUGAUGUCUUCCAGCAGGGGGAGCUCUAUUAUCUUGGCAGCACUGAUCUGCCAUUCCUUCCUGUGUUAGAGGAGUGGAGUGAUGGGCCCAGAAAAGUGUAAUGCACAGUUAUCUUUUCUAGAAUAUGAGAUGAUUUGCAUAACCAUGUACUGCAGUCUACUGAGGAGAGUAUGUGCUCUGUGGUGCUACGUUCAUGUAACUGUGAAUUAUUUGAUUCAGGUUUAGAGGAGCCAUUAUAGUUUGUCUAACACAAUGUUGUAACUGUACAAGUAGUUAAAAUGGGUUUGGUUUCCCAUUUUGUUUUGCAAGAUCAUCCAUGCACUGGCCUGCUUUCUCAUUUUGUAGCACCGUUGUUUUGUUUUUUACUGAAUAUUUUAUCUUGAUGUAAUGCAAGAAACAGAAGUGUCAUUGAGUUUGCACUGUUGACUUUCAAAUAUCUUUACUCAUGUUUCACACUAAUAAAUAAUUUGUAUGAAAAGAAAUGGACAAGAUUUGCACUGAGCCACCACUGGGGGCAGUGGUGGCUCAGUGGUUGAGGCUCAGGGUUACCAGACCAGAAGGUUGGGGGUUCAAGCCCCAGCACCACCAAGAUGCCACUGUUGGGCCCUUGAGCAAGGCACUUAACUCCAGGUUGCUCCAGGGGGAUUGUCCCUGUAAUAAGUGCACUGUAAGUCGCUUUGGAUAAAAGCAUCUGCCAAAAUGCAUAAAUGUAAAUGUAACUAGACUUUAUGGUAAGCAAUAUGCAUUUUUUCAACUAAAAUAAUUUCAGAAUCCUCUUAUCAAACAACCAAAAAUUACAAAAACAGUUUGAGAUACAAACACAUAUAAUGAAAGAAUGUCAGACAUAUGGUUAAAAAAACGGACACCUUGAAAUAUCGCAAUUAAGCAGUCGUCUCGUCAUGUCUUAAUAAUCAGUCUGAGUCUGUGAAGAAAAUCCAAGGUUAGGUAGCAGUCCAAAUGUAAAACUGUGCCUCACCGUUGAAGGUUUGCUGUGUUAUAAGCAUUCAUCUUUGUGGAAUGCCUGUGUAAAAUUAAGAGCAAGCCACCUCGACAAAACUUAGACAAGAAAAAAGACAAUUGUGAAACCUUAAACACAAUAUUAUACAGAUAUGAAAAUCUUUUCAACUUGGUACAAAUGAACCAACGUGACAAGAACUGAAAAAGUGAACAAAGUUCUUACACAGAAAAUUAACAAUUAAAAAUGUCCCUGUCCCAUAGUAUUAGCCACUGAAAUUAGUUUGCAAUUUGACUUGUCUCAAUUGUGCAGUUGUUUAUAUUCCUUUUGAGAGAUUGGAUAUUGGAAGUUACAUUGAGGUUUGUCCUUAAUUAUUGUCUUUAGACCAUUUGCCACCAUUAACAGAACACAAAUUAGAAAACCAACUUUCCAUCUUUGGCAUUGACCAAGUGACUAAUCUUAAAAGCAUGGCAGGGAUACUAAUUUGUGUUUUUUUUUAAACAAUCAAAGCAGCGAAUCAGAACAAUUAAAGGUCAACAAACAUUUAAAACGUUAUAUACGGUGUUAGUGUUUUUGUAACAGAAUAUGUAGGGUAAAGUGUUGUUGAAUCUUGAUUUAUACUGUAUAUCAAGACUGGAGUGAAGGCCAUCCUGACAGAAAGUGUUUGUUGCGUGCAGUACCCUGGGCGCACCCUGAUGACCUCAUCAGAAGAGAUGGCCAUCAAAAGCAAACCUAUGCUUCUCUGUACAUCUACACCUGCAUUAAACAGUCCAUUAUAGACUUUUCAACUAAAUUUAAAAAGUAAAACAAUUGAGGUACAUAAUUCACGAAACAACAAAAACAUCGUUUUGGGCAACACAUUUCUGACAUUUACAACCUCCCUGAAUAUCAUAAAUACAUUGUGUCCUAAGAACACUGAAACAUUACGGUAAAAAUCUGCCUUCAUAAUAUAAUUGACCUUUGCCCUAAUGUGUGCCUGUGAUUAUGAUUGCUUGGUUGUGAAAAGUGAAAAUAUAGAGUACAUUUAGAAGAGUACAAUCAGCAAAAAUGAUUAUAGUUUAUGCUGGUUUUGUACUAGUUUUUUUUAAGCAACAUACAAAACCUCUGCUAGAGAAAACACAUUGGUGCAGUUGGAAAUUUGACCCCAAAUGUUAUCGUAACUGAGAUAUAGCCUUUGUGACAACUAGCCGCAGUCUCCAUUAAAAUAAUAUUAAUUUCAACUGUCCAAAAAGUUUUUGUUUUUUUACCUCAUUAUCAUCGAAUUCACAAUACUGCAAGUUGGCAGCCUGUGAUACUGUGCGAACACAGGCGUACGUGUUGUUUUAC